AUGGAGAUAACUUCUUUGAAAAGUUAUAAAGAGUUAAUAGAAUUAAGCAAAGAAGAAAAAAAAAAAAAUUUAAAAGAUUAUUUAAAGGAUAAAGAAAGAUCUGAAUUUCUCAUUAGAAAAUUUAAAAAUUUUUUCGUAGAUUUAUCUCGUCAAAGAUAUAAUCAGAAAACAUUAAACAAAUUGAUUGAAUAUGCAGAAGAAAUAAAAUUAAAAGAGAAAAUCCAAAGUACAUUUAAAGGUGAUAAAGUAAAUGUUACCGAAAAUAGAAGUGUUUUGCAUACUGCUUUAAGAAUACCAAAAGAAAAAAUAAGUUCUCAUAAAAUUUUAAUCGAUAAUAAGAAUGUAUUAGAGGAUGUACAUAAUGUAUUGAAAAAAAUUGAAGAAUAUUCUGACAAUAUAAGAAAUGGAAAUAUAAAAACAUGUAACAACACCAAAUUUAAAAAUAUAAUAUGCAUAGGUAUAGGAGGAUCUUAUUUAGGUACAGAAUUUGUAUAUGAGGCAUUAAGAUUUUAUUAUAACAAUAACAUAAUAAAUAAAAAUAAAAGUUCAAUUAAUAAUUUUAAUAACAAUUAUAACGAAGUAUUUAAUGUUAGAUUUUUAGCUAAUGUAGAUCCUAAUGACAUAAAUAGAGCAACAUAUAACUUAGAUCAAACAGAAACAUUAGUCAUAAUUAUUUCUAAAACAUUUACAACUGCUGAAACCAUGUUAAAUGCUAGAUCAAUUAAAAAUUGGUUAAGUUUGAAAAUAAAAGAUAAUGAAAGUUUAAGUAAACAUUUGGUUGCUGUAAGUACAAAUUUAAAAUUAACAGAUGAAUUUGGUAUUUCAAGAAAUAACGUUUUUGAAUUUUGGGAUUGGGUAGGAGGAAGAUUUUCAGUUACUAGUUCAGUUGGUAUAUUGCCUUUAUCUAUUGCAUUUGGAUAUAAAAAUAUGAGACAAUUUCUAGAUGGUUGUCAUGAUUUAGAUGAACAUUUUUUAAAUACUGAUAUAAAAGAAAAUAUCCCAGUGUUAAUGGCAUUAACAAGUUUUUAUAAUAGCCAAUUUUUUGAUUAUAAAAGUAUUGCUGUAUUACCUUACUUUCAAAAUUUGUUAAAAUUCGCAACUCAUAUUCAGCAGCUAGCAAUGGAAAGUAAUGGAAAAUGUGUAGAUAGGAAUAAUCGUUUAAUUGAUUAUAACACAUGUCAAGUAUAUUUCGGAGAGCCAGGUACAAACGGGCAACAUAGCUUUUAUCAAUUAAUUCAUCAAGGACAGGUAGUACCUGCUGAAUUGAUAGGAUUUAAGCAAUCACAAUUUCCUGUUCAUUUUGAUAAUGAAAUAGUUAGUAAUCACGACGAAUUAAUGACAAACUUUUUUGCGCAAGCUGAUGCUUUAGCUAUUGGAAAAACAUUAGAACAAGUAAAGGAAGAAAACGAGAAAAACCAAAACAAAUUAUCUUCUGAAUUAUUAAGUCAUAAAGUUUUUAAAGGAAAUAGACCUUCCACUUUAUUAUUAUUUGACGAAUUGAACUUUUAUACAUGUGGAUUACUUUUAUCAUUAUAUGAAUGUAGAAUUGUUGCAGAAGGAUUUUUAUUAAACAUAAACAGUUUUGAUCAAUGGGGAGUGGAAUUAGGAAAAGUUUUAGCUAAAGAAAUCCGAAACUACUUUCAUGAUGUUAGAACAAAAAAAAAAUCAAAUGUAUCUUAUAAUUUUAAUGAAUCUACAAAAAUAUUACUAAAUCAUUAUUUAAAUUAA